AUGGCACAUCGAUAUGAAGCAGGAAUCAAUGAAUGUCUGAAAAAGCUAGAAGCACCGAUAACCAACGGACCGCAGUUUAGAUGGCAAAGGAAACAAGAACAGCGAAAAUGGCGGGAGAGUAAUGGACCAUUAUCACCAUUACCAAACAAUAAAUCCACCGCACUCUCACCAUCCGCACAUCGUACACAUCAGAAAUCACCCAAGAAGACUCCUAAGAAAACGGCCGAUUCUGCAAACAAUUCACAAGGAGACCGCUUUAUCCCAAGCAGGUCCUCUACAGACUGUGAAUGGGCUCACUAUCAAGUAGUACAUAAUGUUCAAGAUGACUCAUCUGAAACUGCAGAAGAAGAAGACCAUGAAAACCCCUCAAAAAACGACAAACAGGGCGAUUCAAAGCCAGUGGGAAGCAAAAUACUUCACUUUAAAACUGGAGCACCAGCUAACAAAGAAAGCUAUCAGAAUAAUUUACGUGUACUWUACUGCCAAAGUAAACCAACUGGUCCAAAGGUGAAAUCAACCCGUCACAUUCCACAGGCACCAGAUAGAAUCCUGGACGCCCCAGAUAUUGUUGAUGAUUAUUAUCUAAACAUCUUAGACUGGGGUAAUAAUAACCUAGUUGGUCUUGCCCUUGGUGGUGCUGUCUACGUGUGGAAUGCUGACACUGGAGACACUCGACACCUACUGCAGCUGGAAGGAGAAGAUUACGUGUCGAGUGUGUCGUGGAUCAAAGAAGGUUCGUUUCUGUCAGUGGGGAAUUGCAAUGGUCAAGUUCAGCUAUGGGAUGUUGAAGCGUCUAAAUGUGUUCGGAUAAUGAGUGGCCACUCGACAAGAGUUUCUUCCUUGUCAUGGAAUUCCUAUAUUUUGUCAAGCGGUUCUCGUAGUGGCUCAAUCCAUAACCACGACGUGCGUGUGCCCAAUCACCAUGUAGCAACACUGCUGAAUCAUACUCAAGAAGUCUGUGGGCUCAUGUGGUCAUUAGAUGGUAAAUUAUUGGCGAGUGGUGGAAAUGACAAUAUUGUCAAUAUUUGGCAACCAAACAAGGAGAGCCCUUURUUUUCACUGAAUCGUCAUCAAGCUGCCAUUAAGGCGUUAUCAUGGUGCCCAUUCCAUUCUAACGUUCUGGCAAGUGGUGGAGGAACCGCUGACCGGCAUAUUCGGUUCUGGAAUGCAUCAACAGGAGUAUGUCUGAGUAGUUUUGACACAAAGAGUCAGGUUUCAUCUUUACUGUGGUCCKCUGAUUAUAAAGAGAUCAUAUCUGGACAUGGAUUUUCUCAGAACCAGUUAACGAUCUGGAAAUAUCCUUCCAUGUCACGUGUCGCUGAUCUGAUUGGUCACACAUCACGUGUUCUACAGAUGUCCAUGUCACCAGACCGUCAAUACGUGGCUUCAGUAGCUGCUGAUGAAACACUCAGGGUAUGGAAAUGUUUUGUACGUCCCCACAAACAGAAGAAAGCUCAUCAUAAAGGAACCGACGAGACUUCAAAUCUAAUGUCAAGUAUGAAACUAAGAUGAGUCAUUCAUGACUUUUCGGA